AGACGACAGCCAGUCCCGUCUGGCUGGGAGACCGGCAGCUGGCAUGUCCCAGCAGUCUGGGGGGCCUCCGGCUUCUGCUUCUGAGCCAGCCUCUCAGCCGCUGCUGCCCCUUCUGCUGAGGGAACGCCCCGGCUUUCAGAGGCCACUGUCUUCGGGCGCCAAUACUAGGCUCCCAGUGAGGCCCUGCCAUACUGCGUGCGGAAGUGUGUCUGCGGGUGUGUGUCUGCUCGCCGGGGCCUGAUCUGGUGGCCACCAUGCCCAGUUUGGAGCCUCUGUGUGGAACAUAACCUCGGGAGACUUUUCCUGGUUGAUCGCUUCCACUGCUCCGUUUCACCAAAAGCUGCAGUUGAGAAAACACUGAGUUUUGAUCUCUAGGAGGAGAGGAAGUGUGCGCCCUGAGCCCGAAGGGUACGGGGAAAUUGCAGAAUUCCCGGUACGCCUAAGGAAGUUCUGACUUGUCGGAGCCCUUCCCUCCGUGGGGUUUACCAAAGGGGGUGGCGACUUAGCGCACAAAUAUUUACGAAGCGCCUGCGACGGAUAAAAGUGUCGCUCGGUGCCAAGACCUUCAGUCUGUCGCUGACACGUCUUCACAUCCUCCUGCUCCACCCACGAGGGGCGGGAAGGUUCAUUUGGGCACAGAUGAUGUUUCUGUGGCCCCUACUUCAGUGGCACCUCUCCCUCAUCCCCGGGCCGGUGGCCCAGCCCUGCGUCUUGUGACCUUUGCUCUCAGAGCCAGUGGGAGCUCCGCCCCAGUCAGCUAGCGGUUCUUCAGUUCUUCUGGAGAACUCACAAGGCCCCGAGGGGCCGGCCUCUGGAAACUGUCCCGAGUAUCCCGGGCACGCUGGGGGCCACGGAAGGAUUCUGGGUGGGAACGGACACAUCGAGAGAAGGCGGCUCUGGGGCAGCCGGGGCACCACACACGUCGCCUCUGCAGAAGCACACUCGGCUCACCUCGCCUUUUCAGAAAGAGAGUCCCGUUAGGCAGAGAGGACACCAGCUGUGUCUCUGCCGGCGCCCCUAGGUGGGGGCGCAGUGGGGUGGGAAGAGGAAGGAGAGCUUGGAGGAGCCCCGCAGUUUCUUGUCGGGCAGGGCAGCAGACAAGCUCAGCCCCGCGCCCUGCGCGUGCCGUGGUUCUGAGUCAUGAGACAGAAGACCCGAGAAGGGCCGCUCUGCCGCGUUUGCUCAGAGCGUUCCAGAUGUCAGGAGGCGGCAGGGAGGGCGGCCCAAGUGGGAAGGGGUUUGGAGAGAGUGUGUCUGUCCUCGGGCCCCUCCCCAUGAAGUCACCCUGGCUCAGGAAUUUCUCAGCUCUGCCUGUGGCCUCUUGGGGCCUCCCACGUCCAGGCCUGGUGCACACCGCAUUCUGACCCCUCCUCAUAGCCCUGGGAGGCCCUGUGUAGGCCCCGGGCCUCACCCCCCUUCUGUCGCUCACCAGUCGUCCAGUACAGGGCACCGCGUAGGCGGACUGGCAGGUCCCAUGGGUCUGAGCACAGCUCCCGUCUCCACAUAACAGCUCCACGGCCUGUCACCCUUGUUUCCUCAUCUGUUAAAUGGGCCCUCUGGUCCCUGCGUCCUCAUUGAGUAGAUACGGGGCCCGGCACUUAGUAGUCCAGGAACAGCAGCCCUCGUGGCCCGAACCGGCCUCUCACUCAUGUCUCUCUCUGCCCACCCGGCCUGGCCCUGCCAUUUGGGACCCGGCCUUUCAGGUCCGGCUCAGACAGCACUGGCUUUGCGGCCACGUCCUGCUGCCCUUUGGGCGUAUUUACACCUCCUCUGUGACUCUUACCGUGUUCUCUCCGUUGCUCUUACGUCGGACGGUCUCCUCUCCCGUGCCAGAGGGGCGCUCCUCAAGGCCAGGACAGACUCCCGUGCCCGGUCCAUACCUCUUCCUGCUGCAGACACAGUUCAUCACACCAUGGCGGUCAGCUAGUGCUGGCCUGUCCACGCCCUCCUGACAGCCGUCACUGACUGGGGCAGCAGGUGCUCACACCUGAGAGCCAGGAGGCCUGGUCCCUGGCCCGGAUCCUCAGGAUGGCAAGUCUAGGGCCACAGCCCUAGUGGCUGGGCUAGAGUGACUGGGCCUGGGCCCUCCGGGCUCCCCUCGGCCCCUUGUUUCCAUCACCUAUUCCAGGCCAGUCGCUCGGGCUCUCCAGCAGUGCCUACCGGCAGCUUCUCCCCUCCACGCCUGGCCCUGGGCUCGCCCUCACCUCUGAGGAUGGUGUGGGGAAUGUCACCCUAACGCCCACAGAUGGGCAGGACCAAGUCAGCUAGGCAGAGGCAGGAGGGGAAGCAUGCGCCAGGAGAGGUCAGGUGACUUCCAGUGUUAGCCUGGGAGGUGGUCCUUGAGCGUCACAAGUAGGCCACCACAGCACAAGGUGGCUGGACACAGUGUAGGACACGAGUAGGAAAACGUUAGCCCCCAUCUGAGACCGUGUGGCCCCGAGCAGCCCCGCUUGUCCCCCCUUCUCCCCGCUCCUCUGUGCCAGCCUCCUCUUCCUUUUUUCCCCCUUAAACCCUUAGAUCAUCAAAGCAGAUCAUCUGCCCAGGUCACUGAGCCUGCAGAUCGGCCCCUUCAUUUUCCGUGUCACGUGUAUCGAUCAGGUUUCCUUGCAGAGAUGAUUCGGUUACGAGGCUGCCGUUGGCUUCCUCCCACUCAGCAGGAUUCGUGCCACUUCCCCAGCUGCCACCAAGUGGCCUCACACAGAUGUGCCUGCCGGUGUGGACAGUUGUCCCCGUGCUCCCCCCCCACCCCCCAUGAAAGACCCUGCCCUGGCCUUUCUGUGUUCCGCUUGACCACUGCUCAUGGCACACGGCAUCUCUGUUCUCUCUGGGGAUCAUUCUGCAUACCCGCGCUUUCUCUCCCGAGUGUCCCGAUCCCUCACUCCCCAAAGAUGGCCAAGACUCUGGAACAGUAACGCCAGUCUUUGAAAGUACAGCCCCUUUCCCAACUGGUCUUUGGUAUUGAAGCCCACAGGCCAGCACCCACCCACGGAAGUCACGUGGGUGCUCUGGGCUGAGGAUUCGGCUCCGUUCCCAGCUCGCUCCCCUCCCAGGUGCCCAGUUCACAGGUGGUGCCGUGAGGUCCGCUGCUGAUAAACACAAGAUCCUGCGACAGGCCGCCGUCUGCCUGAUGCAGCCACUUGUGGACACAGCCUUGCAAAUGCGAUCAUUGAAAGGCCGGUGGGAUCUGGGCCCCGGGAGUGCCCGGAGAGCAGCGCGAGGGGGUCGGGCGAGCAGGGAGGCGCACAGGGAGCGGGGCCUCUUGCUCCAUCACCAGCGGCAAGCACCUCUGCAGUCUGAACUUAGGGGCAUGGAGCCACAGAUCCCCGUCCCAUCCUGGAGUGCCUGCCACCUGGGCUGGGGGCAGAGCAUGCUCUUCCCGAAGGUCAGAAGCAGUAUAGGAGUAGUAUCAGGCCAGACACGUGGUGAGCGUCCAUUCGUGCGAUUUCCAGAACAGGUACCACUAGAAGAGAGGGAACUUCCUUCCUGCUGGAGGUGUUCGGAAGCCUGGCAAGGUGCUGGCACUAGAGCUCCUCUAAGGGUAGCUCACGGCCGGCGGCUCGUGGCCCGCGGAAUCUUGGUAAAACCAUUAAAGCAGAUGGACACCGGAACCUCACCGCUCAGAGGUGCCCCAGAGCACGGUACUCACACAGCGGGUGCCCGGUGGCCCAGCCAUGGUCUUUGUUGACACAGCCGCCCAGCCUCCCCCAGGAGAGACCCCACCCCACCCCAGGCCCUCCGUGGACACGGUCCCCGAGUGCCAGCCUGAGGCCCACCGUGCGGGCGGAGCCAGGCCAGGUGAGCGAGGAGCGCAGGUGGACACGGAGACUCGCCUCCGGAGGCCGCUGCCAGGUCCCACCGAGUCUCGGCUCGUGGGGGGCACGUGGGGCACAGGCUUGUGUCUGAACUGAGGCAGAGCUCUGGAGAUGUUCUGGCCCGGGCGGGGCUUCGUGUUGGCCGCCGGGAGGUGCCAGCAUGGGUUUCACGGCGGCAGCCGUCACGGAAGCGCUGCUGGUGAUCGGUGGGGCCCAGGAGGCUGUGGUUUCCAUGCACCACCGCGGCCAUCGCGCUGCAGGAGCGGGUCCGCAGCCAGGCGGGGCUCGGCCAGCGGGGGGACGGCCCCUCCACGCCGUGAGCCCGUGGGAGUCCCCGGCUGUGUCUCAGACGUGGAGGGGAAGAGCGGACCCACCAGGCAUGGGAGGAGGACAGGCUGUAGUGAGCACCGAGCGAGCGAGGGAGCACGGAAGCUGGUCAGUGAGAAGGUCGGAGGCGCCGAAGGGACCAAGCUCGAUGAGGACUUCAAGGAGAUGGAGAAGAAGGUGGACGUUACCAGCAAGGCUGUGACAGAAGUGCUGGCCAGAACCAUUGAGUACCUGCAGCCCAACCCAGCCUCACGGGCCAAGCUGACGAUGCUCAACACGGUGUCCAAGAUCCGCGGGCAGGUGAAGAACCCUGGCUACCCGCAGUCAGAGGGCCUGCUGGGCGAGUGCAUGAUCCGCCACGGCAAGGAGCUGGGCGGCGAGUCCAACUUCGGCGACGCCCUGCUGGAUGCCGGGGAGUCCAUGAAGCGCCUGGCGGAGGUGAAAGAUUCCCUGGACAUAGAAGUCAAGCAGAAUUUCAUCGACCCUUUGCAGAAUCUGUGCGACAAAGACCUGAAGGAGAUCCAGCACCACCUGAAGAAGCUGGAGGGCCGCCGCCUGGACUUCGACUACAAGAAGAAGCGGCAGGGCAGGAUCCCCGAUGAGGAGCUGCGCCAGGCCCUGGAGAAAUUCGAAGAGUCCAAGGAGGUGGCGGAGACCAGCAUGCACAACCUCCUGGAGACGGAUAUCGAGCAGGUGAGCCAGCUCUCUGCGCUGGUGGAUGCCCAGCUGGACUACCACCGGCAGGCCGUGCAGAUCCUGGACGAGCUGGCCGACAAGCUCAAGCGAAGGAUGCGGGAAGCCUCCUCUCGCCCCAAGCGGGAGUACAAGCCCAAGCCCCGGGAGCCCUUCGACCUCGGGGAGCCCGAGCAGUCCAACGGGGGCUUCCCCUGUGCCACGGCGCCCAAGAUCACAGCUUCGUCUUCCUUCCGAUCUUCUGAGAAGCCCAUCCGGACCCCCAGCAGGAGCAUGCCCCCGCUGGACCAGCCGAGCUGCAAGGCUCUGUACGACUUCGAGCCCGAGAACGCCGGGGAGCUGGGCUUCCACGAGGGUGACGUCAUCACGCUGACCAACCAGAUCGACGAGAACUGGUACGAGGGCAUGCUCCACGGCCAGUCGGGCUUCUUCCCCCUCAGCUACGUGGAGGUGCUGGUGCCCCUGCCUCAGUGACCGCGUCGGCCCCGUCCACGUCGGCCUUCUGCAGCCGGGGCGGCGCCCGCAGGCGCUCCCCGUGGGGGAAGGCGGGCCUCGCUGGGCCAGCAGGGCUGGAUGUCGGGGAGGGGCCCGCUUCCACGAGGGCCCCCCCCACCCCCCACCCCGCGGUCCCCGCCCCAGGCGGCAGUCUGGGGGCCGGGCAGUAUUUUCGCUCCCCGACCCCGCGCCCCGAGGGGGCGAACACUAAGGUGCUCUUAGAAACACUAACUUCCUCCCACGCCUCCAGGAGCGGGUAACUCCAGGUGGGCCCCCUCACUCUCACACGCGCGUGCACACACACACACACACACACACCCCUCCCCCCCCCUCCCCCAGGAGACCUGCCCUGAACAGGAGGAGAUGGGGGUUCUGAGCAGGACCCCUGGCCGACACUCACCACCCUGCUUUUCAAUUCACCCACAACACUCCUUCCCAGCCCCAACUCCAGGGCUCCCCAGGCCCUGGCACACCCGUGGAUGCCGCCUCCCUGGGGAGAGAUGAGCCUGGGGUCCUCAGGGUUCCCCUAAGGCCGGCCCUCUCGGAGCAGCCUCUGAGGUGCCGUCGUCUCCCUCCUCCAGUGCCCUCCACCCUGCCCCGCACCCCCUCCUCGCCUCCCAAGUGUAGGGUGCCCCGCCCCAGAUAAGCACACCGGACGAUCCUCUGACACGAACCGCCACCACCAGCCGUGCCCACGGCACACGUGUGCACCACAGACGGGACCACAGGAGUCUUGUGGCCUCUGUCCUGCAGGUGGUCCCAGACCCCUGGGACCACCCUGCGGAGGGUCACAGGCGCCUCCCCGAUCCCAAGCCAGCCACUGCCCCCACCGCCGACAGCGGCCCCAGCCAUCUUCCUACAGACAGACCAAGGCAGGCAGCCGCCCCGACCAACAGAGCCGAGCCCCGCAGCUACUUCCUCUCUUGCCUGACCCAAAAAUUGGCGCAACUAGGGGACCUCGGGACUGGAUCACAUUCCCCUCCUCUUACGACCUUGCAAAGGCCCCGGGGACACCUGGCUCUGAGGCCCCCUCAUUGCCAUUACAUGGGGGAAGCACAGACCUCCCAGCAGACAUGAGCGGUGGAACCUGGGCCACAAUCGGCAGAUCGAAAUGUAAUCCUGAUUUUUUUUUUUUUUAAGUAUUAAAUGUCUCUUUCUACA